UGGCUGGCGCCGGGGCAGCCCCGGAUGGGGCGGGGCGCGCGGCGCUGCGGCGGCGGCAGCAUGGCGGAGGCGGCGGCGGGGCUGGCGCGCGUGGCCGACGUGGACAUCGACGGCGGCGGCGUGUUUAAGUACGUGCUGGUGCGCGUGCGCGCCGGCGGCGGGGCCGCGGCCGGGAAGGACGUCGUGCGGGGCUACGGCUGGGCCGAGUACCACGCUGACAUAUACGACAAGACGGCGUCGGAGCUGGAGAAGCAGGGGUUCGACUGCGAGUGCGUGGGGGGCGGCAGGAUCUCUCACCAGAGCCGGGAGAAGAAGAUCCACGUCUACGGAUACUCCGUGGGCUUUGGGCGAGCAAAUCACUCCGUGACUACAGAGAAGCUGAAAUCCAAGUAUCCAGACUAUGAGAUCACUUGGGCAAAUGAAGGCUACUGACUUGAUCUGACAAGGCAGCAGCAUCAGCGUCAGCCUGGAGCCGAUAUGGCUGGUGUCUGCAGCUCGGUGUUUAGGGAAAUGACAGCAGGGUUCCUGUGCUCAGCAGCAUAAUGGGCUCUGCUGGUUUUCUCUGUGCUGAGCUCACUGCUCUGAGGAACUUAAAUUCUCCUAGGGAGUUCACCCAUCUCCGCUUUCACUGGACUUCCUCUGGGCCACGGGCUCUCCCCGUCUCCCUGCCACAGCGCAGCAAAGCCUGAGGGUGAAACCUUUAGCGAAGCUGAUGGGAGCUCUGCCCUGGCCUUGCUUGUGGCAGGGGUUUGUCCUGCAUGCGUGUGGCGAGCAUUAAACACGUUGGGCAGCA